UGCUGACUGGCUGAGAGAAGGCCGUGGCGGCGGGCUCGACCAAUCAGGGAGACCGACACAAGUCGGAAGAGUGCUGGGCUGAACGUCAACCUCAGAGUGCCAUAUUUCCCACACCCGUCGCCACAUACUUGUGUACCGCUCACGCUUUUUCUCUGAGGUGCUGCGUCAGCCACCACAAUGUCAGGAGCUCCGAUCUACUCACCUUUCUUCGGAGCCAUGGGGGCCUCGGCGGCAAUGAUAUUCAGUGCUUUGGGAGCUGCCUAUGGUACAGCAAAAUCUGGAGUUGGUAUCGCAGCUAUGUCAGUAAUGCGUCCUGAAUUGAUUAUGAAAUGCAUCAUCCCUGUUGUCAUGGCUGGUAUCAUUGCAAUUUAUGGCCUGGUGGUGGCUGUCCUCAUCGCUGGAAAGCUUGGUUCUGCCUCGCAAGGAUAUGGAUUAUACGAAGGGUUUGUACAUCUUGGUGCUGGUCUGAGUGUUGGCCUGUCUGGUCUAGCUGCUGGAUUUGCCAUUGGAAUUGUUGGGGAUGCUGGUGUAAGGGGGACUGCCCAACAGCCACGAUUGUUUGUGGGGAUGAUUCUAAUUCUCAUUUUUGCUGAGGUACUUGGUCUCUAUGGUCUGAUUGUAGCCAUCUACUUGUAUACGAAGACUUCAUCAUAAAUGCAAAGCUAGUCUACAAAUACACUGGCAGAUGUAGUAAUGGGAUUACCGUAUACAUAGAUCUGCCCAAGAUUGGAAAACCAAAACAGAUGCAAAGGUUCUCUUUAUUGCAGCUGAACUAGGGUUGUGGCAUAAUGGUGCUAGUCAGCUGAUUCUUAAUGUGCUUAUCAUUUUAUCCAUAUUAUGAUCUAAAAAUUUUAGUCUUAACAUCUCAUUUAAUAGCACAAAAAUGGAAACUUGUACUGUAUUCCCAAUUGGCAUCUGCUUAAAGAAUAAUAAUUAACACUGAAUCCUACAUUAGUAUGUAACUUGUAAAAUUAUUAAGAUGAGCUUGUGCUGGCAUCAUUCAAUGAUAUUAUUGAUAAUUAUGUAUCCAAUGUGGAUCAGAACAACUAUCAAGGCAACAUUGCAUUGAUAACUUGAGAGCUCAUCUGCAAACACAAAGUACGUUUGGUUAAUUUUGAAAUAGAUGAAUUAGUUAAUUAACAUAGAUGAUUUUUUAUGUACAGUACUUUGAAAUUAAAAUAUAGUACUGUUGUUUACAUCAUAGUAAAUAUUGUAUAAUUUAUAGUGUGAAUAUUUAGACUGCCUAAUCUAUUGCAUUAUAGUUUGGUAAAAAUGGUGUAAAUGUCUUUAAAUUGGGAUCUAACAAACUGAGCUGUAAUUAUUGCCAAAACUCGUUUUCAGGAUAUAUAUAUAUAUUAUAUAUUAUAUUAUAUUUUAAUCACACACAAACAACUACACACAAUUCAUAACGUACAUUUGAGAAGAUAAUUUGACCUCCCAAGAUAUUGGAAUAUACGAGACAUCAUACAAGGACCUGUAUUAGGUUUUGAAUAUUUAUUGCUAGCAUAGUUGUCUCGGUAUUUUCUGAUUGCCGUCUUAUAGAAUUUUCAAAAAUUAUAUUAUUUUUUAUUAUGUACAAGGGUGUUAAUAUGUAUAAUAUUUGUAAUAAAGACAUUAAGUACUGUGUAUUUUAGGUAAUUAGGUUUGAAAAAUACAAUCGGGAAACAAAAGUGACAUGUUUUUUUUUUUUAAUAGAAUGUAUGAUGUAUUUGAAUCUUUUAAAUGAUGGGUAUUCAGAAACUUAAACCUUUGAAUAAUACUCAAGUUCAGUCUCUGCCUCUUAAAGGUAUUAGGUUCUCAAAAUUAAUCUAGUACCUUUUGAUUUGUAUUUAUUUUCUGUUCUGUAAGUUCUGAAGUUGAAAUCCUCAGACUCGUCAGAGUAGCUAGUUUCAUUACAGUGAAGCACAAUAUCAGCAUUUACUAUGGAGUUGUAGUUCAUGAGGCAAAGGCAUAUUAACUAGUUACAUUCCAGUCAUGUGCUGUCAUAAUUAUAUAUAUAUAUGUAUAUUUUUUGUUUACAAGUAGAAUCUAGUAGUUUUGUUAUUACACAUUGAAGUUCAUAGAUUCACCGAAGAUAAAUUUUCAGAUAUCGCCUGUUUUUAAAAUAAUACAAAUAUUAUAACAUGCAAAAUGUAUACAGUAUUGCGCAUUUUAAAGGUUUAUAGUAGUGUUAUCAACGUGUAUUACUGGACUACAUUGUGUAUUUUUUUUUUUUUUUUUUUUUAUAUAUAAAGCAGGUUCAUUUUGACUUCCGUACAUAAUCCAUGUAAUGUACUGUAUGAUGUGAAAAUGAGUAUUUCUCAGAUUCUCAAAGUAUCUGUAGAACUUUUGAAUCAAAUGAAUAAUCAGUAUCUAAUAUAGUUUUUAAAUGGUUUAAUUUUAAUGCACUGUUUCUUGUUAGUAAAACAGAGAACACCAUUUGUGUUACUAUUGCCAUUGGAUCUUUGUGACCCUGUAUAGCCAAUACUCAAUGUGUCUGAAUGUUUUAUCAGAUGUUAAGUGAUGGAAAUAGAUGUUACAGUAGGAUAUUAUUCGGGUUACUCCCUCUUUACCGAUCAAGUUUUUGUCUUGAGUGUACUACCAUCAGUGCAGGAGUCAGUAUUGAAGUGGUAAGUGUGUAUGUACAGUAUCUUAGAUUAGAUUGGUGUAAAAGUUGUUCCAUUAAAUUAAAUGUCCUG